UUUAAUUCUUCUAUAUAUAAUUCAUUUAGAUCCAUUCUCCAAAACCAAUCUGAUAUAGUUUCAAGUUCAAGUUUUUGAGCUCAAAAAAGAAAAAUCUAGAUCAAUGGAAGUCAGAACAAGAUAUGGUGAUGAUAUCGAUAUCGAUAACUUAAAGGCAACGGAACUUAGACUUGGGCCUCCGGGGACCGGUGAGGAGGUAAUACCAACACAGGUGGUGUCUAGAGGUAACAAACGUGCAUUGCCGGAGGACAGUACUGAGUAUGAGUGUGAGUACAAAAGGAGCUCAUCGGAGACGGCAUCAGUCGAAAGCUGCCUCGAUACCUCACCGGCAGCCAAGGCACAAGUAGUAGGGUGGCCACCAAUAAGGUCAUAUAGGAAGAAGAGUUUUGAGGCUAUAAAAGAGGUUGAUCAGAAGGGUGGACUUUACGUGAAGGUUAGCAUGGAUGGUGCUCCAUACUUGAGGAAAAUAGAUCUCAAUGUUUAUCAAGGCUAUGAAGAGCUUAGACUUGCUUUGGAGGACAUGUUCAAGUGUUUUUCCAUAGGUGAAUUAUAUGCAAUUGCAUAUGAAGAUAAAGAUGGUGACUUGAUGCUUGUUGGAGAUGUUCCUUGGAGGAUGUUUAUCUCUUCAUGCAAGAGGAUGAGGAUAAUGAAGGGAUGUGAAGCAAGAGGGUUGAGUUCAAACUCAUGAAAUGGAGAAGAAAAAUAUAAGAAACUAAAUGAGAGGGAUAUAUAGUUAAUUUUGGUGAGGUGGUGAUCUU